AUGUACACACAACCACCUCCGAAUUCCCAACAGUCUACGCAACGCCCUAUUCCAAAUCAAUCGCAGUCACAACCUUUAACGCCCCAAGUUGUACCGUCCCCGACACAACAAAAUUUUCCAGGUUGGCGACCAGCCGGAACAAACGCGCAACCACUUCGUCCACCACCACAAAAUGUUAGGCCCGGUUUCAUACCCGGUCAGCGUCCCCCUCAAACUGUUGCAUCAGGAAUUAGACCUGUGAUGCAAGGCCAACCACCGACAGUCGUCGCACAGCAACCUCCACAAGUUAACGCUUUUCUCGGAUCAGGACCACCUGUGAUUCCGCCCCCUGGUUCGGUAUACCCACAAUCGAAUAUUCCUACCAGACCUCCAGGUCCACCGGGACCCAUGCGCCCACAACAGGGAUUGGAUGUUACUGGCAUGGGCGAUAUGGUGAAUCAAGUUAGCAAUAUGGAGAUUAGUCCGCGUCCACCAGUAAUUCAAAAUACUUCCAUCCUGAAUCAACCUCAAAUUGAUCAGCCUGCUAGGCCACCAAGGCAAAAUCGUACCAAGAGAGCUUAUCACCCGAGUUCAGAUAUCAAUGGUUCUUCGUAUACCUCUCUGACGCCAUUUCCAAACAACUAUAAUCAACCACCACCCGUGGAUAACGCACCGCAGCCUGGACAACAACCGAUGCAACCAAUGUAUUCUCCCAUGGUUCCUCAACAUCCUCCGACUGUACAAGGAAUGCAGCAGACUAUGCAACCAAUCCCACACCAGGCGCCGUACAUGCAUCCUCCUUCUCAGACGCAGCCCAUGCCUCGUCCUCCGAUCCAAAAUCCUCCCAGAUCUCGGAUCGAUCCUAAUCAAAUUCCAUCGCCAGUCACCGUUCAAGAACAAGAUCAACAACUUUUCGAUGAACAACCGUAUAUGACCUUAUCCAAAUCGACCGUACCUCUGGCGAGCUCUGAUUUUAAAGCUGUCGAUGAAGGCAACUCUAAUCCGCGAUUCAUGAGGCUGACACUAUAUUCUAUACCUCAUAGCGAGGAUCUCCUUCAGACAUCUCAUUUGCCACUGGGCGUCAUUUUACAGCCUCUGGCUAAAUUAAGGAAUGACGAGGCUCCAAUUGAGGUCGUCGAUUUCCAAGAACAAGGACCAAUUCGUUGUACGCGAUGCAAGACUUAUAUUAAUCCAUUCGUGAUUUUCGUUGAGGGAGGGCAGAAAUUCAUAUGCAAUAUGUGUUCGUUCUCUAACGAAGUUCCACCUGAAUACUUUUGCAAUUUGGACAUGAGUGGGCGGCGGGUGGACAUUGAACAACGACCUGAGUUGAAGUACGGAACGGUGGAGUUCACUGCUCCGAAGGAAUAUUGGGCAAGACCACCUUCCCCGUUGUCAUGCCUCUUUGCUAUUGAUGUGUCCUUUAAUGCGGUUAAAAGCGGAAUGGUUGCGACAUGUGUAAAUGCAAUUCUCGAGAUUUUGUAUAAUUCUCCGAGUGGCAUCUCACCAAUCAACAGAAUUGGAAUAGUUACCUAUGACAGAGACGUGCACUUCUACAGUUUGCAGCCGCAACUCGAGCAAGCUCAAAUGUUGGUUGUCUCUGAUAUUAAUGAUGUCUUCGUGCCGUUGAAUUCUGGUCUUUUUGUGGAUCCAAAUGAAUCAAGAACUGUCAUAGAGGAUCUUUUGAAAUCUUUACCAACAAUGUUUGCUGAAAAUAAAGUUAUGGAUGCGGUACUGGGUGCUGUUGUUAAAGCAUCGCAUAUGGCUUUGAAUGAGAUUGGAGGGAAGCUCGUAAUAUUCCAAACAACUUUGCCAACGUACGGCCCUGGUUCCAUUAAACAUAGGGAAGAUUCCAAAGUAUACAACACCGACAAAGAAAGGCUACUAUUCGGUCCCCAAGAUAAUUAUUACAAGACGUUGGCCACAAGUUGCGUUGACUCUGGAAUCUGCGUCGAUUUGUUCUUAUUCCCAAAUUCCUACAUUGACAUUGCAACGAUUGGGAUACUGUCUUGUUUGACUGGGGGUGAAACCUACUUCUAUCCAAACUUUGAUGCUCAGAGGGAUGGUGUGAAAUUUUCAAACGAGUUGAUGCAAAAUCUCACUAGAGAAUUUGGGUAUAAUGCACUCAUGCGGAUUCGGUGCUCUAACGGUCUAAGAGUUGAAGAUCAUUUCGGUAAUUUCAAUAUGCGAAAUGCGACUGACGUAGAACUCGCGGGCGUCGAUAGUGACAAAGCAUUUGGCGCCUUAUUUAAGUAUGACGGUAAACUUGAUGAAAAAACUGACGCUUAUAUUCAGUGUGCUCUCUUAUACACGACCUCGAGUGGUCAACGUCGGGUGCGGACUCACAAUCUAAGUGUUACUGUCACACAACUUUUGGGAAAUGUUUUCAGGCAUGCAGAAAUGGACACCACCGUCAACUUCUUGGCCAAGCAAGCUGUGUCAAACACUCUCACAAAAUCGCUGCGAGAUAUUCGUGAUCAUCUGACUGAAAAGUGCGUCAAAAUAUUGAUGGCGUAUAGGAGGCAUUGUGCAACUUCGAGCUCCUCUGGUCAACUAAUCCUUCCCGAAGCUUUCAAAUUAUUUCCUCUAUAUACUUUGACAAUGUUAAAGUCCAAAGCUCUAUGUGGUGGGAAUUUAACUAGCGACGUUCGAGUGCAUUGCAUGCGCUUAAUAAAAAGCAUCGGAGUGCCGGAUAGUGUAGUGUUCUUUUAUCCGCGACUUUUUCCAGUGCACCAACUUUCUGAUCAGGUUGGGUUUCCGGAUCAAUAUGGUAGAGUCAAAUUACCACCAUUAAUUCGCGUGUCGCAAGCCAGAUUUAGUCACGAUGGGGCGUAUCUUCUCGAAAACGGUCAAAUAUUAAUGUUUUGGUUGGGUCACCAAAUCUCUCCCGAUUUCAUCCGAAGUGUGUUUGGUGUCGAAUCAAUUGAACAUAUUAAUCCGAAGCUUAACAAAACAUCCAUACAAAUUCGAUCAAUCAUAACGUACUUGCAAUCACAGAGAUCAAAAUAUUUACGCCUAACUAUUGUACGAAAGGGCAUCGAUCCUUCAGAGUUGGAAUUCAACUGUCUAUUAGCUGAGGAUGAAAACAAUGGUGCAAUGUCAUAUGUCGAUUACUUAUGUCAUGUUCACAAGCAAAUUCAAGCCGAGGUCAAUAUGAGUGACUGA